ACCGCAUGUACAACCAAGUUUGGGCUUUCAGUGAAUUCCAGUGACCGCUUAACUUGAAAUGUAACUGACGUCAAGGGGAAGUUGAACUUCCUGGUGGGACUUGUAGAGAGCGGUUGGUUCACGGAGCACGAAGGGAGGGCAGGUUAAGUCUCCUUACAGGACAGUAUGGGGGUGUGGAGACUCCAAUUCUCAGCAAACCAGUCGACACUGUACAGCAGGCAGUGACAAAGCAUUUAAGGGUGUGUCUCAUUGUUGUAUUUGAGAAUCUUGUGACCAACAAUCAGAAGGGGAGAAUGUGCAGCAAUGUGUACUAAUCGGGAUGGACACCCGGCAAGACGAGCCUGAAUCUACACCAUUCGCGUGGAUAGCAAUUCAUGAAUGAGACAAUUUAAUCUAUUUCAGUGGAGGCAGUAAAUGAAGAGACUUGAUAAGCUGAAAUCCAGUGCAGGCAAGUGAUGCUUCAGUGGAAAUUUUGGAACUGAUUUCUGCAGAACCUCUGAGUGAAGGAAGCUAGAUGUCAUUCAAAGGAAUCUACAUUUUCUGAGUGUAAAUACAUACCCAAGUUAGCUGAUGAUUUUACCCAUCUAGCUAAAAAUAAUCAACAAUUACAAAUUGGCAUGAAUUUAAUACAUGAACUUUCUUAUAACUUAUGUCAGGAAUACAGUGAGAAAAACCAACAGACAUUCAAAACAUGUACCAUACCUAGACAGAAAAUUCUGCUUUUCAUUUUAAAAUAAAUUUCAACACUGAAUAGGCUAUAAACAACUAAAGGAUUAAAUAAUUCAUGAAGUGAUUGCACUGAAGUCAUAACUGCAGAGUAUCACUGAAAUUCAUUACUACUGAACAGUCUGCCAUUUUCCACCCAGUGCCUUUUUCUCUUGAUUUGUAAUCCUGUGUCAGGGCCUAACCAGUCACACGUGUGGAGACAACUCAUCAUCAAUUGCUGAAUGGAGGGCAACUUUGUUUCAAGGUUCUCCCAGUCGGAGUCCCCACGCUCUCCAAUCUGGCCGGCUAAUCUUUUGGGGGAGAUGUCAUCGCAAGGAGACUUUGAGGAUGAUGCCUUCUUCCCAAAUUCCUUGGACACAGCUGGUUGGGACCAGUUCCGCCCACGGCUCUGUGGAGCUGGGCCUUUGUCUCCACGACGUUCACCACGGAAUUCACCACGGCUCUUUCGAAAAGUGCUUCUGAACAGGAAUAUUUGUGAGUUUAGGCAACGUUCUGGUAGUCACGCUAGUUUUGAUGUUGAGAAUGGUCCGGCUCCAGGUCGGAGUCCGCUGGACUCGCAGGCGAGUCCGGGACUGGUGCUACAUCCAACGUUCCCUCAAAGCCAGCGUCGGGAGUCGUUUCUUUAUCGGUCUGACAGCGACUACGAUAUGUCACCCAAAACAAUGUCCCGAAAUUCCUCCGUGACAAGUGAAGUACAUACUGAGGACCUCAUCGUCACUCCUUUUGCUCAGAUCCUGGCGAGUUUGCGCAGUGUGAGGAACAACUUCACUGUUCUAGCCAACACCCAAGGACCCCCGAAUAAGAGGUCACCAGCAGGACCACAGCCUGCACUGUGCACCCUGUCAGAUGAAACUUAUCAGCAACUGGCAAAGGAAACCCUGGAGGAGCUGGACUGGUGUUUAGACCAACUGGAGACAAUCCAGACCUACCGCUCUGUCAGUGAGAUGGCCUCAAACAAGUUCAAGAGGAUGCUGAACCGCGAACUGACUCACCUCUCCGAAAUGAGCCGCUCAGGGAACCAGGUCUCUGAGUACAUAUCCAGUACCUUCCUCGACAAGCAGAAUGAAGUAGAGAUCCCACCUCCCACACAGAAAGAACGAGACAAGAAGAAGAAACAGCCCAUGUGUCAGAUCAGUGGGGUGAAGAAACUUACCCACAGCUCAAGCCUCAACCUCAGUAACUCGAGCAUCCCCAGGUUUGGAGUAAAGACCCAUCAGGAAGAAGCACUAACCAAGGAAUUGGAUGAUUUGAACAUAUGGGGCCUUAAUAUUUUCCGAGUUUCCGAGUUCUCGAACAACAGGCCGCUCAGCUGCAUCAUGUAUGCUAUCUUCCAGGAGAGAGACUUGCUGAAGACCUUCAGGAUUCCAGUUGACACUUUCCUCACAUACAUAAUGACACUGGAGGAUCAUUACCAUGCUGACGUUGCAUAUCACAACAGCUUGCAUGCAGCUGAUGUCACUCAGUCCACACACGUACUGCUGUCUACCCCGGCCCUCGACGCUGUCUUUACUGAUCUAGAGACACUCGCUGCAUUGUUUGCUGCUGCGAUUCAUGAUGUGGAUCACCCAGGAGUUUCCAAUCAGUUCCUUAUCAACACCAAUUCUGAGUUGGCGCUAAUGUACAAUGAUGAGUCUGUGCUGGAGAACCAUCACCUCGCAGUGGGCUUCAAACUCCUCCAGGAGGAAAACUGCGACAUCUUCCAGAAUCUCCCCAAACGACAGCGGCAGAGUCUGCGGAAGAUGGUCAUUGAUAUGGUUCUAGCAACAGACAUGUCCAAACACAUGAGUCUCCUAGCAGACCUGAAAACUAUGGUAGAGACAAAGAAAGUGACCAGCUCAGGAGUCCUCCUGCUUGACAACUACACUGAUAGGAUCCAGGUGAUGAGGAAUAUGGUUCACUGUGCUGACCUGAGUAACCCUACCAAACCGCUGGAGUUGUACCGACAAUGGACAGAUCGUAUCCUGGAGGAGUUUUUUCGACAGGGAGACAAAGAACGAGAGCGAGGAAUGGAGAUUAGCCCAAUGUGUGACAAACACACAGCCUCAGUGGAAAAGACACAGGUAGGAUUCAUUGACUACAUAGUGCACCCACUGUGGGAGACAUGGGGUGACCUUGUGCACCCUGAUGCCCAGGAUAUCCUGGACACGCUGGAGGACAACAGGUACUGGUAUCAGAGUAUGAUCCCACAGAGCCCCUCGCCACCACUGGAUGAUCCAAGGCAGGGUGAAGAGGUUUGCAUUGACAAGUUUCAGUUCGAACUGACACUGGAGGAAGAAGAUGAAUCUGAUCGAUCAGACAAGGAGAGAAACAGCACAGGAGAGGAGGAGACAAGCUGCCACAGCUCAGAAGAGACUAUGUCAUGCAUAGCCAAGGCUCAGGAAGACAGCAGCACCAACGAGGGACUGUUAGGCACCACAGCUGAGGACACAUCUUCUGUAGAUUCGUAAAAGAGGGAGAACAGCUCUGUGCGAAACAGAUGAAAUUUGUCUAUUUUUGGAGACAUGCGUAUCAACUGUGAUUGGAAUCCAGGUCUGUGGGUGGAUUCCAACACAUAGUGCCCGAAAACUGAGCAAAUUCAGUAUGGAAAGGGGGCAGGAGAUCAAAGCCAUUCUUUGGUUGAUUUGAACCUUUACUGGGGUGAGAGAAAGUCACUUUGAAAUAGUGUGUACCUCAAUCUCCCCCUCCAAUUGCAGAGAAAGAAACGGUAACAACCCGGGCAAACCAGAGACUUCCAACCAGAGCCAAGUGGACCCACCUAAGCUCCCUCUCCUCCACAUUGUUUCCAUGACAAGGAGUCUGUUUCUCUGAGUGUGACAGGGUCUGGGAACUGCGUGCCUUUUCUGGAAUUAUCUACAAACUGUGUCUUUGUAGUUAAGUCAAGCAAUGAUUUGUUUUAUUUUUAAUGUUAUAUUUUACGUACUGUUUCUUAUAAGUUAUUCUGCAAGGUUCUAGAAAGAGCCAGAUCAAUGGAACAUAAGCCGGUGGAUAUGAAGUGAAACCGGUUUCAAACACUAAACUCUGCUCCUCAAUUUUUGAAGUCUUCCUCUAAUGUUCUUUUGCACAAUAUGGCAAUAUCUUUGGGACUUUUUAAAAUAAUUUACGUUGUAGAGAUUCUGCGGUGCGCACAAGUAGCUGCGCUGGCUAUGAAUGGGAAUAUUUCCUCAAUUUGAGGUUUACGGUUCCCAUGUGCCAGGAAGGCACUGCACUUUCAUGUCUGUGAAUGGCUUUGAGAGGACCAAGGUGAGGUUUGGCCCCAGGUUAAAGCUAGGACCGCCUUAAGAGUGUCUCCUGUCUUCUUUAUUCUUGUCCUCUUUCAGAGGCUCUGAAUCCCACUGAAAUCAGUCUCCACUGUAUAUCCAGCACCUGCCAAUCCAUUCCUCCUAGAUUUUGGAGGAAAUGUGACCGUGGGAAAAUUACAGCCAAAUCCAGUAGAGUCUUCAUCCGAUACACAUACACAGAUAUGCAUAUGCAUGCACACACAUUCAUUCACUCUCACAUUCACCCACCUACGUACACACACUCACUGACUCUCUCUCACACACACACACACACAUUCACUCACUCACCCUCACAUUCACCCACCUACGAACUCACACUCACUGACUCUCUCUCACACACACACACACACACAUUCACUCACUCACCCUCACAUUCAC